AUGAUGCCACCAAUGUCUGCAAUGGAGACCAACAAUGCUAGAAAUCCUGCAGCCGUCCUCAGCAGGCCUCCUCCUAGCCCCGCUCACAUGGGCACACCUGCUCCGCACCCUCGCACCUCAGUGAGCUUGCUGGAUAGUGAGAAGAUCGGAGUCACUCUGCUCUUCUCUGGAGUCUUCCUUGCUCUAGUGGGUGUCACAUUCACUGCAAUGGGAUGGCAGCACCUCCACAAAAACCCCAAAUAUGAGUGGACCCAAAUGCUGGGCCCCAUCCUGCUCUCGGUCGGUGGUACUUUCAUCCUCACCAGCGUCUGCAAGUUCAGGGUCAUCUCCUGGCCCUGCAGACGGCUGGAGGAGGACGAACUCACGAUACCUGUGAGGGAGCAGCCCUCAGUUGGCCAUCCCUUCGUGUUUCAUGGCAUAAAUCAGCCUGUCAUGUUACAAGGCACCACAACAAUGCUCUGCAUUCCACCUGCAUGUAACUUUACGACCUCAGAAGUAUGCCAGGCCAGUGAGUUCCAGCCGGGCAGCUCCGUGAGUGGCAUCCAUGCAGCGCUUCCUCCGUAUGAGGCCGUGUGCUGUGUGGACAAUGCAGGCUUUACAGCAGAAGAAGGCAGCUCAUCUCACGGGACAGAAACAGACCAGAGAAGAAGCCGCAUGCCGAAGACAGAAGGUGAAAGAGGACGAAAUGACGAGAGCAGCUCCACCUGCUCACGUCCACCUGCAUACGAAGACAUCUACCCUUCGCUUCACAAACACAAUCCAACAUAA